AUGGAUAAUGGGAGCACAGACUUGUCAUGGUGGAAUGUAGCUGAGGCAUCUGUCUUUGUGUUUAUAGCAGCUUUGAUCAGUUUAAUAUUUAGAAUAAAACUUGAAUUUUCACUCAUCUUGUCUGGUAUACGAUGUGUCAUUCAGUUAUCACUGAUGGGUCUAAUACUAGAUGAUGUAUUAAAGACUAAGCACAUGAGCGUUAUCAUCAUCAUGUCCACCGUACUGGUCCUACUUGCAUCCUAUGAAACUGUAUUCAAUAGAACAAAGAAAUCAUUUAAAAGAAUGUUCCCUAUCAUGUUCAUCAUAUUGCUUACCAGCAAUCUGCUUAUAACUUACGUGGGUACUGCAGUUGUGUUACAAGCGGAGCCAUUUUGGGACCCGCCCACAUUUGUACCUGUCAUUGGAAUGCUUUUGGGUAACUCGAUGACAAGUGUCGCAAUGGCUACAGAACGAUGCUUGGAUGAUUUCAGAAUCCACGCGCCCGUGCUUGAAACAAGACUGGCUUAUGGUGCUAACAGGUUUGAAGCCUCUCUGCCGCUGGCGGUAGAAGCUAUCAGGAUUGCCUUGAUUCCUGUUAUCACACAGUUGAGCGUUAUGGGCAUGAUUAACAUUCCAGGUAUGAUGACAGGUCAAAUUAUGGCAGGAGCGCCUAUGAUGCAGGCCGUCAUUUACCAGCAGUGUAUCAUGUUUAUGGUUGCGGCUAGUAGUACUUUAGGAGUCAUCAUGGCUGUAACAGCUUGUAUGUCUAUUUUAAUCGAUAAGGAUCAAACAAUGCGAUAUGAUAGAAUCUAUGAAAACAAAUCUACACUGUUCAAUCUUAAACACUGGAAAGAAAAGUUGACACUGUUGAGUCUCUACUGUCAAAAGAUGAGUCCGAGAAAGACUUCUGGUGAUCUUGUAUCAUAG